AUGAUCGCAGUCUUAUCAGUUGGUAACUCUGCUGUCUUUGGCUGCAGUCGUACUCUGGCUGCCUUGGCUGCUCAAGGACUCGCACCCAAAUUUUUGGCCUACAUUGAUCGCAAGGGUAGACCCCUUGGUGGCAUUGCAUUGAGCGCUAUUGUCGGAUUGCUGUGUUUCACUGUUGUAAGCAAGCACGAGACCGAAGUUUUCAGUUGGUUGAUGGCAUUGACCGGUUUGUCGUCCAUCUUCACCUGGGGAUCUAUCUGCCUUUGUCACAUUCGUUUCCGCAGAGCUAUGAAAUUACAGGGUCGAACUCUGGAUGAAAUCCCCUUCAAGUCGUCUUGUGGUGUUAUUGGCUCUUGGUACGGAUUCACUAUUAACGUAUUGGUAUUGAUUGCCCAGUUUUAUACCGCUUUGUUCCCCAUUGGUGGUGAGCCAAAUCCCUCUGACUUCUUCCAAGCAUAUUUGGCUGCCCCAGUGUGCCUUGUAUUCUACAUUGCAUAUAAGGCCAUUAAGAGACCCGCUUUCGUCCACUGCAGAGAUGCUGAUCUUGAUAGUGGAAGGAGGGAAAUUGACAUGGAUCUUCUUAGACAAGAAGUCCACGAAGAAGAAACCGCCCUUGCUUCAAGAGGAUUCUUUUAUAGAGUUUAUAAGUUCUGGUGUUAA